UGGGUUUUUCUUUUGCUUGAGAGACUGUGGGCGCGUGCACUUGCGCGAGCGCGUAAUACUCAUCGAUGAUCAUUCGGGUAUGACGUCACUUUUACAAGAGCGAACCUGACGUCCCAGAGUUUACAUCACUGGUCUGAAUUAUAUUGGGUGUAGACAGAUGAGGGAAAUCUUAAUCUGUUAUUAAUAAAGGAUGCUGCGAAAUUUGUAUUUAUAAUAUUUACACUCACGCAGCUUGUCACGGUAUCCUUGGAAAACUUUCCAGGAAUUGCUUUUCCUCCAAAACAUACGACUAUAAUUUAAUUUUAAAAAGUCAGAAUCCGGUAAACCCGGAACAACGGUGGCAAACAUGCAGGGCUAUUUGUAAGGACGAUACGCUGAUGAUGGUGUGGUUGUGUAAGAUCCAGGACAUCCCCUCCGUCCAGUUGUGGACAUGGCUGCCGCCGCGGGUGCUGUGUAACAACCAUCAUGAGAGAGGGGUGGAGAGAGGGAGAGAGAGAGGGGAGGCGUAAAGAUGCAAGCAAUAGGGGGAGGGGGAAGGGGAGAAAAAGGAGGAGGAGAGUUUGAUCGUGUGUGUGUGUGUGUGGACGGAUGGAUACCACCGGGCUAUGCAAAGGAGAACGUGCACACACGCACACGCACACACACACACGAGAGAGAGAGAGAGAGAGAGAGAGAGGGUAAUGUGUGAGCCAGCCAGUCAGUCAGUGAGAGUGUGUAAGCCAUGUUGGAUGUGAAUGAACGGGAGGAGAGAUGCUGCUGCCACGCCGCUCCUAACGCUCAGACCUCCAGCUCCACGGACCACAGCGGGUAGAUGCCAACUCUCGGGGCCGACGGAGAGACGGGGGAGCCUGGGGGAAGGUGUCGGGCGGUGCCGGCGGUCCUGGAACUGGUCACCUAGCCGGAAAGAGGGAGUGAGCGAAGUAAGACGCACUCGAAAGAGAGAAAGAAAGAGAGAUAUAGAGGGGAGAGAGAGAGAGAGAGAAUAGGACGUGGUUGAAGAGGGAGAAAGGAGAGAGACAGAAAGGAAGAGACUAAAUGGCUGCACCGCUACCGGGCUUCACCCCGCUCCUGCUCUCUUCUCUGGCACUCCACCUGCUCCUCCUCGGCCCUUUGUUCGCCCUCACCCCGGAGACUGGGAAUACAGCAGGGUCUUCUGACCGAUGGACCCCCGGUCUCCGUAACCGAGACGCCGGUAAAGUGAGCCGGCAGCAACAGCGGCAGCGGAGCGAGGAAGCAGGGGAGUCGCCGAGGGGCAGCCGGAGCACACGCCCAAGCAGGUGGACCGUAGAGCGGGUGCGGACUGUGGGAUGCUUUGGAGAGGGCGCCCUCGCAAGAUAUCACCAGGAUGGGGCGAGGGGGACACGACAUGGGAGACUCGAAGGAGUCGGGACGUUUUGGAGGGAGGGGGCCAGCAAUUUAACACCAUCGUCACCCCCUCCUCCCCUGAACCCGGGUAUCGGGAGCAGCGUCGGCGCAGGAGAGAGAGCGGGUAGCGGGAGGGUAAGGAGGAAGGGCGUUGUUUCUCCUCCCGCUUCACCUGCUUUCGCCUCCUCGCCGGUUCAGAACGGCCAAACACGGGCAGUACAAAGGACUGUAGGGCGCGCGCAUCGGUGGCCGGCGUCGAGGCCACACCUCACCAAACGCGGCGCCGCCAGUGCCUUUGUGCACGCCUCUGGCCUGCGCAGGGCACCCGGAAGUGGAGGUAGGAGAGGGAAAGAGGCGUGGGAGAGGGCUGGUGAAGUGAGGAGGCUCUUUGCUACAUGCUGCUCCAUGAUGCCUGGCUAUCUCUGCCGUCCAGGCGCCGACAAACAAGCUCUCUUCCCGACUAACGACCCCUCAAUUGGCCCCUCACUAACCGGUUGCUCUUGUUGCAUUCAUCCUCUCUCUGGAUACAAUUCACCACACAGUGAGUCUUCAAAAUACAAAUUCAAAUUUCCUCCCGGUUUUACCAAGAAUUUAAACUAUAUGCACAGAUCAAAUUUAGACUACAUUUGUAUUUUUUCAUCUUAUUCUUCUCAGAACAGCUACAUAGAGAAAAUUCUGCCCUGUCUAGUUUCCAUGAACAGCUCAGCCAACGUGGACAGAGGAGCUGGUAAUUGUUCUCAUUUGGGAAGGCACAAUGUUAUUGAUCUGAGCAGUAACAGAGAGGUGGGUGAUGAUAGUUGUUUGAGCAGGGUGAGGGUGAAGGGGACAAGGACUGGGAGAGAUGAUGAGGGGGGAAAGGAAGCAUGCAGAUGUUGUGCACCGGUAGGGAUUAACCCCGGUACCUGGGCGCACUUACAAUGUUGGAGGCCCCCAGUCCCCGAGGAGAGAGCAAGGUAUUACCACGUCAGAAUUAUGGGUAAGAAGGGAGAAAGGGCUGGUAGGAGAGAGGGGAAGGAUGGGGGAGGAGGAGUAGAAGGAGGAGGGGUGAACCCUGGCAACAAAUACAUUAAUUUAUCUAAUUAUCCGGAUAAUUAUUUGGCUUGUCCGAUUGUGACGCUCCUAUGUCGGGCUGAUGAUGAGCUUCCGCAGGGGAAAUCACCAACAGCAACCAGAGGGCAGGGCAGCCAAACCCAGGGAGAAAGCAGGGAGGUUUCUGGUGGUCCCUUUGGUGGUUUGGACAGAAAAGAAAUGGGGGAUGGAUACAUAGCAGAGUUUAUGGUCCCAGAGGGAGUCACAGCUCCAAGGAUCCCCCCCAGCAGCCUCACAGAGACGCCUGACCAACGUUUUACAUCCAGCAAAAGUGCAUCAAUUGCAUCAACAUAUCCUGGCCGUGUGCUCAAUACGCCCCCUCAAACACUAUCAGGCGGUGGUACAAAAAGUGGAAAGAGAUCCAAACUAAUGCGUCUGUCUGGUGAGAAAGUAAACACAACUUCAGAGUCUGCCAGUGACUCAGGCUUUUUCUCCCCUGCAAAGUUUCCGGUUAAAUCUCCCGGUGUUUUGUCUGACACGUCUCGCUCUGCAACAGCCUUCAAUUCAUCUCUCCUCCCUCAGCCCAACGACACCACAGCAAACCAGCGCUCUUUCUUCUCGGAAAUUACACUGCCCAUGUGGCAAGAUGACCCCGUGCAUUCGCUUCCCUUAUCCUAUCCAAAGGAUGUGAUUAUAGCACCACGGACAGCUCCGGGGGACUCUCGUCACAUGUUUUUGUGGAGCAAAUUAAACAGCAACAGUAAUAACAACAACGAGGAGGAGGAAAGCAGGGACGUGAAGGGAUAUAGUCAUGACUCUGACACAGGAAACCCGCCUUGGCUUGGUCAGACACAGCAACAGGACUUGUGGGAGAUCGCACUGCAAGAGAUUGUCAAGGCAGGGUGUGCUGACGGAAGUUCCACUGACUGUUCAGCCACCAAGCAGGGCGACCCUGGACAUAUGCAAUUAAAAUCUGAUAAGAAACUGACGUUAGAGCCCAAAGGUGUUAGACAGUUGGAUAGGAGGCAGAUGGGGGCCGAGGGAGAAAAGGAGAGGGAUGCAGAGAGGGAGGGAGAGGGCUUGGAAGGGUCUGCUGCUGCUGCUGUUGCUGCCGCUGUUGGGGGAGGAAAAUUACAGGUGGGGGAGGGCAAGAGGGAGGCGCGGCUGAUGGCAGGGAGAGAACCAGGGGGAGAAGAGCAAGAGAAGGAGGAGUGGGAGAGCGAAAAAGGAAUAACAAAGGCAAGCCAGGCAGAGGAGAGAGAAGCAGAGGGAGGAAAGGGUCAGGAUAGGGGCAGCAGCACCAUCGCACAGCCAGAUAGCGAAAGAGGGAAGAAAAAGAGCCGGGCAGAUGAAAGCCGGGAGGUUGGGGAGAGGAAUGAGAGGGGGGAUGGUGGACAGCCGGAGAGGCACACCUCAAGGGGAGAGAGGAGUCUGGAACGGCUGAUAAUAGUAGCAGAUGAUGAAAUCUCACCGGGAGAAAGGGGGAGGAAGAUUUUGAUGCCCUGGCCUCGCGCUCGACGUGCAGCCAACAGACAUCCCCACUUUUCACAGUAUAACUUCCAAGUACAAGUAGCUGAGAACCAGCCACCCGCAACCUCCGUCAUCAUCAUGUCCGCCUCAGACCCGGAUGCAGGAGAUGCAGGCAGGGUGAGCUACACCAUGGCCCCGUUGAUGAACAGUCGAUCAUCCGACUACUUCCGCAUCCACCCAGACACAGGCCUCAUCUCCACCACUCAGAUCCUAGACAGAGAACACAUGGAUUUACAUUACUUCCGCGUGACUGCAACGGAUCACGGCUCCUCUCGUCUCUCUGGCACCACAAUGGUGGCCAUUACGAUAGCAGACAGGAACGAUCAUUCUCCUAUAUUUGAGCAGACCGAGUACAGGGAGACAAUCAGGGAGAACGUAGAGGAGGGGUACCCUAUCUUACAGUUGAGAGCGACAGACUUAGAUUCCCCAUCUAAUGCCAAUAUCCGUUACCGCUUUGUCGGGGACACGGCUGCAAUGGCACGAGCAGCCUUUGAGAUUGACCCGCGCUCCGGUCUCAUCACGACCCGCGGAGCGGUAGACCGGGAAAACAACGAGCACUACACUCUACAGGUGGAGGCGAGUGACCAGGGGAAGGAACCGGGGCCACGCUCCGCUAUUGUUAAAGUUUUCAUCACUGUGCUGGAUGAAAAUGACAACGUGCCGCAGUUCAGUGAAAAGCGAUACGUCGUGGCAGUGAAAGAGGACGUACGGCCUCACACCGAGAUCCUCCGUGUGAGCGCCACGGACCGGGACAAGGACAGCAACGCUGCUGUUCACUAUAACAUCAUCAGUGGUAACAGCCGAGGACAGUUUUCCAUCGACAGCGUCACCGGGGAGAUCCACGUCGUGGCACCGCUAGACUUUGAGUCCGAACGGGAGUAUACGCUCCGCGUUCGUGCACAGGACAACGGCCGGCCGCCUCUCUCCAACAACACGGGUAUUGUGAGUGUGCAGGUGACGGAUGUCAAUGACAACCCACCGAUCUUUGUCUCCACACCAUUCCAGGCGUCUGUGCUCGAGAGCGCCCCUAUUGGUAGUUCCAUCCUCCACAUUCAGGCCAUUGAUACCGAUUCUAGUGAUAAUGCCCGUCUGGAGUACAGGUUAACUGGCACAGGCUCUGACACACCAUUCAUUAUCAAUUCUGCUACAGGCUGGGUGACUGUGAGCUCCAUACUUGACCGUGAAUCUGUGGAGCACUUUUUCUUUGGCGUGGAGGCCAGAGAUUAUGGCAUGCCGCCUCUUUCCGCUACAGCCAGUGUGACAAUUACAGUGAUGGAUGUCAAUGACAACCGCCCUGAGUUCCUCCAAAAGGAAUACUAUGCUCGCCUGAAUGAGGAUGCGUCAGUUGGUACCAGCGUAGUGACCGUCACGGCUGUGGACCGAGACGUCAACAGUGCUGUCACCUAUCAGAUUACGGGAGGAAACACUAGAAACCGCUUCGCCAUCAGCACGGCAGGGGGGGCUGGACUUCUCUCGUUAGCUCUCCCAUUGGACUACAAACAGGAGCGGCGUUAUGUUCUCACAGUCACCGCCUCAGACCGCACACUCCACGACACCUGUCAGGUGCACAUCAACAUUACAGAUGCAAACACUCAUCGGCCCGUUUUCCAGAGUGCCCACUACUCUAUUAGCGUGAACGAGGACCGACCACCUGGAAGCACCGUCGUUGUGAUCAGUGCCACGGAUGAUGACGUUGGUGAAAAUGCUCGAAUCACGUACUUCCUUGAGGACAAUAUCCCACAGUUCCGCAUUGACGCAGGCACAGGGGCUAUAACACUCCAGGCAGAGCUUGACUAUGAGGACCAAAUGACCUACACGUUGGCUAUAACGGCUAAAGACAACGGCAUACCACAGAAAGCAGACACUACAUAUGUUGAGGUGAACGUGAAUGAUGUCAACGACAAUGCACCUCAGUUCGUCAGCCCCAGAUAUCAGGGAACAGUGACCGAAGACGCCCCUCCCUUCACCAGUGUCCUCCAAAUCUCAGCCACUGACCGUGACGCGCACGCCAACGGCCGCGUUCAGUACACCUUCCAAAAUGGCGAGGACGGGGAUGGAGACUUUACCAUUGAACCUACAUCCGGCAUCGUUCGAACUGUUCGCCGUUUGGACCGCGAGAGUGUGCCAUUCUAUGAGCUGACGGCCUACGCCGUGGAUCGAGGCGUGCCCCCUCAGCGAACCCCCGUCCACAUCCAGGUGACGGUCCUCGAUGUCAACGACAAUGCACCUGUUUUCCCUGCUGAUGACUUUGAGGUUCUAGUGAAGGAAAACAGCGCAGUAGGCUCUGUGGUAGCCCAGAUCACAGCCACCGACCCGGAUGAAGGUGCCAACGCUCAGAUCAUGUACCAAAUCGUGGAGGGCAACAUCCCUGAGAUCUUCCAGAUGGACAUUUUUUCAGGAGAGCUCACCUCACUCAUUGAUCUUGACUAUGAGGCCCACAAUGAGUAUGUCAUCGUAGUCCAAGCCACCUCAGCACCUCUUGUCAGCCGGGCAACUGUCCGCAUCCGCCUGUUGGACCAGAACGACAACAGGCCCACUCUGCAGGACUUCCAAAUCAUUUUCAACAACUUCGUAUCCAAUCGGUCCAACAGUUUCCCCAGCGGCGUAAUUGGAAGAGUACCCGCCCACGACCCUGACGUGUCAGACAGACUGUACUACACCAUCGACCGAGGGAACGAGCUUCACCUGCUGCUCCUGAAUCACACGAGCGGAGAGAUCCGACUGAGCCGAAAACUGGAUAACAACCGUCCGCUGGUGGCUCCCAUGCUGAUCACUGUCACAGACGGCGUCCACAGCAUUUCGGCCCAGUGCAUCCUCCGCGUCCUCAUCAUCACCGAGGACAUGCUGGGCAGCAGUGUCACCGUCCGUCUCCAGAACAUGUCCCAGGAGCACUUCCUGUCACCACUGCUGGGGAACUUCCUGGAGGGCGUGUCGGCCGUGCUCUCGGUGCCCGUCGAGGACGUUUUCAUCUUCAACAUCCAGCCGGACCUGGACGCGGCGCCGGGAGGCAUCCUGAAUGUCAGCUUCUCCGCUGCGUUGCCCGGCGGACUCUUCUUCCCGUCCGAGACGCUGGAGGAACAGCUGUACCUGAACAGGCCCAGGCUCACCUCACUUACACAGAUGGAGGUUCUCCCGUUCGACGACAAUGUGUGUCUGCGUGAGCCGUGCCAGAACUACAUGAAGUGCAUCUCGGUGCUGCGCUUCAACAGCUCCGCCCCCUUCAUCUCGUCCCAGUCCAUCCUGUUCCGGCCCAUCCACCCCAUCGCUGGCCUGCGCUGCCGCUGCCCCGUCGGCUUCACGGGGGAUUACUGCGAGACGGAGAUCAACCUGUGUUACUCCAACCCCUGCCUGAACGGAGGGGUGUGCGCCCGCCGAGAGGGAGGCUACACCUGCAUCUGCCGUGAAGACUACACCGGUGACCGGUGCGAGUUUGACCGGCGGCAGGGCCGAUGCGUGCCGGGUCUGUGCCGUAACGGGGGGACGUGUCGGGAGCUCUCCGGCGGGGGAUUCCGCUGCGAGUGUCCUGCAGGAGGCUACGAGCGUCCGUACUGCACCGUCACGGCCCGCUCCUUCCCUCCCAAGUCCUUCGCCAUGUUCCGGGGCCUGAGACAGAGAUUUCACCUGUCCAUCUCAUUAACUUUUGCCACCCUGGAGAACAGCGGUCUUCUCUUCUAUAAUGGCCGCUUCAAUGAGAAACACGACUUCAUCGCCUUGGAGAUCCAAGAAGGACAAGUGGUGCUCAAAUAUUCCACAGGUGAAUCGUCCACUCAGGUGAGUCCCUUCCUGCCUGGUGGUGUGAGUGAUGGCAACUGGCAUACUGUUCACAUACACUACUACAACAAGCCAGCUACACGCUAUCCCAAGCGCAGCAUGAGCGGCGAGGCACAGGGUCCGUCGGAUGAGAAGAUUGCUGUUGUGAGCGUCGACGACUGCGACACGGCAUUAUCGCUUCGCUUCGGUACGCAGCUCGGGAAUUACAGCUGCGCAGCGCAGGGAAAACAGACCAGCAGCAAGAAGUCUCUGGACCUCACUGGUCCAUUGUUUCUGGGCGGAGUUCCCAACGUACCGGACAACUUCCCAUUUGGCACCAGGGAGUUUAUCGGCUGUAUGAAGGAGCUGCACAUUGACAGCAAGCCGCUGGACAUGGCUGGGUUUAUCGCUAACAAUGGAACUCUCCCCGGCUGCAGCGCCAAGCUUCCCUUCUGCAAAUCCAACCCCUGUCAGAACGGAGGAACCUGCAGGGUGAGCUGGGAGACUUUUUCCUGCGACUGUCCCCUAGGUUACGGAGGGAAGGACUGCAGCCACGUGAUGCCACACCCUCACCGCUUCCUGGGCAACAGCGCCCUGUGGUGGGACCUGAAGAACGACGUAACCAUCUCGACGCCCUGGUACCUCGGCCUGGUGUUCAGGACCAGAGCGCGAGAGGGGACGCUGCUGCAGGCUCAGGCUGGCCAGUACACCAGUCUGCUGUUCCAGGUGAUGCAUGGUCAGCUGGUGUUCUCGGUGACCCGUGGUUCGACCCGGACGGUGCGUCUGCGGUUGGAUCAGGUUCAGGUUGCAGACGGCCAGUGGCACGACCUCCAACUGGAGCUGCGAGACGUCCGCAGCGGCCGUGAGACGCGCUACGUGGCAACGCUAAGGCUCGACUUUGGACUCUAUCAGGGAACAGUGAUAGUGGGAAAUGAGAUUCAUGGUUUGAAGGUGAAACAUCUGCAUGUGGGAGGAGUGUUGGGCUCAGGAGAAGUUCAAAACGGGAUAAAAGGAUGCAUUCAGGGCGUUCGGUUGGGUGUACGGCCUGACUCUCCUCCGCUACCACGGCCCUCGAGAAGUGUCAAAGUAGAGACCGGCUGUAACGUUGGCAACCCCUGCGUCUCGUCUCCUUGCCCCGCCCACAGCCGCUGUGCCGACCAAUGGGAGCGGCACACCUGUGUCUGCGAACCUGGUUACUAUGGAAGAGGCUGCACUGACGCUUGCCAUCUCAACCCAUGUGAAAACGAGGCGCAGUGCCACAGGAAGCCCAGCUCUUCACACGGGUACAUCUGUGACUGCGGAGACAACAACUACGGGCAGUACUGCCAACACAGGAUUGAUCACCACUGUCCCAGGGGCUGGUGGGGAUCUCCGACCUGCGGCCCGUGCCAAUGUGACACCGAUAAAGGCUUCGACCCGGACUGCAACAAGACCAGCGGACACUGUCACUGCAAGGAGUUUCACUAUCGUGUGCGAGGCUCUGACACCUGCCUGCCAUGUGACUGCUACCCGGUGGGGUCCUUCUCGCGGUCAUGUGACUCCGAGACGGGCCAGUGUCAGUGCAGGCCCGGCGUGAUUGGUCGCCAGUGCAACUUAUGUGACAGCCCCUUUGCUGAGGUCACAAAUUCCGGCUGUGAUGUCAUUUAUGAUGGUUGUCCAAAGACCAUCACUCAGGGGAUCUGGUGGCCUCGGACCAAGUUCAACCUCCCUGCAGCGGUGCCCUGUCCCAAAGGCUCUGUUGGUGCAGCCAUCAGACACUGUGACUCGGAGAGAGGAUGGAUGGAGCCAGACCUUUACAACUGCACCUCACCUCCAUUUGUGGAGCUCAACGCUGCUCUUGAUUCUCUGGAGCGCAAUGAGACCGAACUGAACACCAUCAUGGAGAAGAAACUUGCCCACCAGCUCCGUGACGUUACCGAGGCAACCGCCAGACUCUACGGCAACGACCUGCAGAUCGCUGAGCGGCUGCUGUCCCGCCUCCUAACGUUUGAGACCCAACAGAGCGGCUUCGGGCUCACCGCCACUCAGGACGCACAUUUCAACGAGAACAUUGUGCGGGGCUGCAGCGUGCUGAUGGGUCCCGGUACCUCUGCGCUUUGGCGGGCUCUCGCUCAGAGUCAGAACCACAUCCCUGGCGGCGGUCCGGCCGAGCUGACGGAGCUGCUGGAGCAGUACGCCCAGAUUCUAGCCCAGAACAUGAAGCUCACCUACCUCAACCCUGUGGCGCUAGUUGCUCCAAACAUAGUGAUGAACCUGGACCGCUUGGAGAACCAAACCCAUGUGCGCCGGCGUUUCCCACGUUACCACACCACACUGUUUCGUGGCCAGGCUUUGUGGGAUCCCAACACCCAUGUGAUCCUUCCCCCCGCCGCCCUCGUGCCGCAACGACAGCAGCAGCAACACAACUGGAAAGAGAAGGAGCGGACAGAGAAAGAGCCACCGGCCCCUCAGAGCGCAGCUCUGGACCCCGUCAGUAUCUCGGCCAAUCAGACGGGAGAGUACAGUGCUGCCCGGCGCACGGUUUCAAUGCCAGAACCGCCCAUCACCAUCGUCAUCUUGCUGAUCUAUCGCAGUCUGGGCGGCGCCCUCCCUCCCAAGUACCACACAGACCGACGAGGAGUGAGGCUUCCCAGACACCCGGUAAUGAACUCCCCCGUGGUCAGCAUCUCCGUCUACAACAACCAGACGUUUGUGGGCGGACACUUGGACCAGCCCAUCCUGCUCGAGUUCAAGCUGCUGGAGACAGCCAAUCGCAGCAAGCCCCUGUGUGUGCAGUGGAACCACAGCAAUCAGUAUGAGCUGGGAGGCUGCUGGACGGUCAGGGACUGCACGGUGGUGUACAGGAACACCUCCCACGUCCGCUGUCAGUGCCAGAGACUGGGCACCUUCGGUGUGCUGAUGGACAGUUCACACAGAGAGCAGUUGGAGGGGGAUCUGGAGACCUUGGCCCUGGUCACAUACUCCUCGCUGUGCGCCUCCAUGCUGGCCCUCCUCCUCACUGUCUUGGUGCUGUCCUGCCUCCGAGGCCUCAAGUCCAACACCAGGAGCAUCCAUUCAAACACAGCGGCAGCCAUGCUUUUGUCAGAGCUGGUGUUUCUGCUCGGGGUCAAUCAGACGGAGCAACAGUUCCUGUGUACGGUCGUGGCCAUUCUCCUGCAUUACUUCUUCAUGUCCACCUUUGCCUGGAUGUUCGUGGAGGGCCUUCACAUCUACCGCAUGCAGACCGAGCAGCGCAACAUCAACUAUGGCGCCAUGAGGUUUUACUACGCCAUCGGCUGGGGCGUGCCCGCCAUUAUCACAGGCCUGGCGGUGGGCCUGGACCCAGAGGGAUACGGGAACCCAGACUUCUGUUGGAUCUCCAUCUAUGACAAACUCAUCUGGAGCUUUGCUGGUCCUAUAGCCAUCGUCAUACUGAUGAAUGGAGGGAUUUUCAUGAUCGUAGCCAAGAUGUCCUGCAAUCCCUCUCAGAAGGAGACUAAGAAGCUCCCUGUCAUUGCUACUAUUCGCAACGCCUUCCUGCUGUUGCUGGUGGCCACAUCCACCUGGCUGUGUGGUCUGAUGUCCGUCAACAACAGCAUCCUGGCUUUCUACUACAUAUUCAAUGUCCUCUGCCUCCUGCAGGGUUUGUCGGUGAUGCUGGUCUUCACUGUGUUCAACUCGGAGGUGAAGGAGGCGUGGAGCGUAGCCUGUUUGGGCAAGAAGAUCCCCGGAGAAGACCAACCACGACCCCCUCAGAACACUGGUCAGAACCCCUAUCACAAUGCAUCUCUGUUGGAGCAGAGCGGGCUGCACCGCAUCACCCUGGGAACCUCCACCAUCUCCUCCGUCAGCUCCGCCAGAGAAAACCUUUUGGCUCGUCAGACCCUGGAACAAAACAUCGUCCAGACCGGAGCGACAGACCUGGAUGUAGCCAUGUUCCACAGAGACGGAGGUGAGGAUUCUGACUCCGACUCGGACCUCUCCAUGGAGGAGGAGCACAGUCUCUCCAUCCCUUCCUCUGAGAGCGAGGACAAUGUCAGACUGCGUGGACGCAUCCAGCGGCGUUUCAAACGCUCCAAUCAUGGCGAGCGUCUGCUCACAGAGCCCGCCCACAACGGUACCAAAGAUCUGGAUGGCAAUGACCUUCUGUCCUACUGGCCUGCUCUGGAGGAGUGUGAUACACACAGCCUUCAGAAGUGGGGCUCGGAGCGCCCCCUGGGGGCAGAUUACAGCAAGGACGCCGCCAACAACAACCAGCAGGACGCCGCGCUGACCAGCGGGGACGAGAACGGCCUCACCCACACUGGCAGGCACCGCAAGGGUAUCCUGAAGAAUCGAAUCGGCUGUCCCCCGGCACUUCAGGGUCUGUCCACCGUGGGCCGCGUCCCCAGUGAGCUCAACUGGUACCGAACCUCUACUCUGGGCCACCGGGGCGUCCCCGCCGCCUCGUAUGGUCGCAUGUACUCUGCCACGGCUGGGGCCAGCGGGGGUUCCGGCUCGCUCUCUCAACCUGCUUCCCGCUACUCCUCCAGGGAGCACCUGGACUCGCUCUCCCGGAGGCAGUUGUCCAGGGAUCCGCUCGGGAGGCAGACGGUUGGGGGGUCGAGGGACCGACUGGACUCCCGGGGUUCCAGGGACAACCUCGAUCUCCUACCCAGGAGGAGAGAGCAGGGACAGGGGGCUGGGCUGGGGGGACUGGGGCUGGAUCACCAGCGAGUCUCAUCCUCCAGGGAGAACUUGGCGGGAUCCAGGGACAGACUGGAGAACCAACACGCAGGCAGCGUCCACGCCUCCAGGGAGGACUUGAGUGGAAACGGGGGAGCGGUCGGAUUGGGGGUGGAGGGCUACCUCAGCGGAUCGAGGUCGCAGCUGAACUCGCUAACCCGGCGGCAGGCCUCGUCCCGGGAGCACCUCGGGGGGGCUCUGAUGAGCAGCAGGUCCAGGGAGCAGCUGGAGGCCAACGGGGGCGGAGCCCAGGCCCAGCCGUGUCGGGAGUGGCUCCGGACGCUGCCUCCCCGGCAGCCCUCGCACCCGGACCAGCCUCCCUCCUCCUCCCCUCCUCCCCCCAUCUCCGAGGAGCCCCAUCAAGAGCGUCUCCCGGCCCACGUCCGAGGGCGACUGGACUCUGCGCCCCCGUGUAGGUACCCCGGUCAGACUGCGCCCCAGGUCGCAGGCUCUAGUCCCGGCCCGCUGGGCCGGCAGCCGUCCAGUGAGCACCUGGAUAUUCUGUCCUCCAUCCUGGCAUCCUUCAGUUCCUCCGUCCUCACUCCUCCCCUCGCUGCCUCGAACCCUGGGCCUAAUGGCUCCGCCCGUGGGCCCUCCCCCUCCCCGCCCCAGUCAGCCACCUCCCACAGCAUAUCUGAAGUCUCCCCCGACUCAGAAGCCAACAGAAGUGAAGGACAGUCUUGAUGACAGCCUCCAUAUCCCUUUAUGCAGUGCGACAGUGUUUGGAAACACUAGGGCGAGUUCAAAGGUCAUGGAUGAACCACUGAGGCAACCUGGGACCCGUGUGAGAGGAGAAAGAGUUAGAAGAACGUGAGCCAGGUAGCAUCCAUGAGGAUAAAAGAGGGCUUGUGGUCCGUUUGUACUGUAUAAAUUAGAUUUGCUUUCCACAGUCCCACAGCCUACAAUGAUCUUUGACUUGAUCGAUGACUCACCACUUCUACCUAGAAACAAGACAAACAUGUCAAGUCAACUUGAUCCAGUGUAAAAGAAGAAAAAAAGACUGUAAAUAACAUUUUUAUACAUUUUGUAUCUUUUUCAUUGGAGAUGAAGAAGAAAUCUUUUGUGAAGUUUUUUUCUUUUUCUUUUUUAUGACUGUGUGAGGUUGUGAGUGAGGUUGUUAGUGUGAGUGGAUUCUUGUUUGUUGCCGAGGGACACAUUUUGCAUACGAAGAAAAAAAAAAUCCCCAACUUUUCCCUCCAAAAGAGUUUUCCUUACACUCAUCAACUCUGUGUAAUAGCGACGGCAGGGGUCCGGCAAUAGUAUCUGAUGAGAUUACUAAAACAUGUGGUUGAAGCAAAAAUAUCAAAGUUGGAAAAAGUGAUUGUAAAUAGAGGGAGGUUUUUUAUAGGAGAGAGAGAUAAGAUGGAAGAUGAUUGUGAAGAGAAAGAUGGUCAACGUUAAGCUAAAGCACCACGUGAAGGCUCAGAGCUGGUGGAGCUCCACCAGCGUCCCAGUGUCUGCUCUCUCAGGAGAUCUGUUCUGUUAUGAUCCACUGCAUAUGAAUGUGACCUCGUCCUCUGUCUGUGUAUCUUUGUGCCUGGUGCUGUCUGAACCCGACCAUAUCAGUUCCAGUGGUAUUCUGCAGAUCAGGCGGGCUUCUCUGUCUGAGGCUUUAUCAUCUAGCAACCACUGUAAGACCCUCAACGGUGUUUGUGCUCUUUGAUGCAUUAUAACUCAACCUGCCUCAAGAUAUAUACGCCACAGGAGCAGCCAAAUCUCUCCGGCAGCAUCCACGAGAGGCUCGUGUGUAAAAGCUUCUCGUGCAGAAGUUCUCUGCAAAUCCAAGCCAAAGGGACAGCUGCUUAAAAUCAGUGCAACACAGUUUUGGUGUGUGAGAUGAAAAUGACUCGUGCAGGCUGUGAGCGCUCUCAAAUGUGUCUCCAGAAUAUCUUUCAUACGUGAGUAACUUCCUGAAUUUGCAAAUGGGCUGAAAAACAUCCAACACAAGACGCCAUUGAUGGAGAAGUUCACAACAGAACACGUGAAUAAAGAUUUGCUCUCUUGCUGUUUAUGCUGCUGAAGAAAGAUGAGACCUCUUGCAAGAUCCGGUGUGUCUUCUGCAGCUCGCUGAGGAGAGGUGUCGGGUUGUGUCAGCGCUAAAAGCCUCUAAGUGGUUUUGCGAUGCGGCCCCCCCUCCAUCAGCGACGUCUCCUUUCUCACAGCUGUUGGGAGCGAGCGCUGAUGGCAGGCCUCGAGGUAAAAAAACAAAAAAAACACAGGCGUUUGUAAGCAAAUGCCACCAGCCUGCAGAGGGAAUAAGGGCAUUGUGGCUAAAUUCGCCACAUUUUAGUUGUAAGAAGGUAAACGGAGGUUUGGGUGUUUGUGUGCAUGCCCUCGAGCAGAGAGCCCUGUGACAUUCAAACGGUACUUGUAAAAACACUACAGCAGCAAAAUGCCAUGUGGGGGGAAAAAAAGGAACAAGAAAGCUUAAGGUACAAACUGAGACAUGGUCGGAACAGAUUGAGUCAGAAACUGGGGGGAGAGGGGGGGGG